AUGGAGGAAGUGGACGCACUCUUGGAGAGCAUCUGCGCGCGCGCGGUGGAGAUCCAGCAGGCGCAGAACCCGGAGAGCGAGCUCCGCCUGCUGCUCGAGCCAGUGCGUGCGCUGUUCGUGCAACAGCAGCGCCGGGAGAGCUCUUCCAGUGCGGGCUCUUCCAACAACUCAAGCGGUGACUCCAGGCCGUUAAGUUACAUCAGCGGGGCUGCAGCGAAGUUGCACAAGAUGGUGGUGCGCUCUCCGCCGUCCCAUCGUCUCUCCACCCCCAGAAGGAGCGUGACUCCUCAGACGUACCUUAAUGACGCUGCCAAUAGACUUCACGCCCUGGUCACGGGCAAUAAAACACUGUCAGCCAAUGCAUUGCGAGGCAAACAGCCGCAGAGCGAAGCGGCCAUCCGUAUCCAAGCUCUGGUGAGGGGCAAGACGCAGAGACAGACGCUGACCAGGCAGCAGAGUCUUAUGGUACAGGGCACUAAAGUGCUUAAUAAAUACGUGCUCAAGGCCGACAGAUUCCCCAAUUGCCACGAACUGGACACGCCGCAUGGAGACAUUGCACCCAAUUUCCGACGACUGCCGGGCACGCCGCUGUAUGGAUCAGCACAGCCGUCACUGGACGGAAUUCAGAUGAUUCUGAGUCAAGUGGCGGCGGACGGGUUUUCCAGAGUGGUGUGGGUGAACUUGAGAGAGGAAGCGGUGAUUUACGUGAAUGGAAGGCCAUUUACAGCGCGACGCAGUGCGAUGCUGAACGAGAACGACUUGGUCCCUGGACUGACGGGGCAUAAGAUUCAAGUACUGGAGUCGUCUAUGAAGAUGAGUCUGCAGGAAGAGCUGAAGGCGGCUGAUAACCGGUUUGAGUACUGGCAAGAAGUGGCUUUGAGAGAAAACGAGCUGGUCGAGGACACUGCGGAGCCUGAGAACGUGUUGACGCUGCCAGAGCUGUAUGAAAGUACCGAAGUGGCCAAAUACAAGGACACCAUCCAGAGUCUGGAGUACCGUCGGAUCCCUUUUGAGCGGGAAAACGCCCCGGAGCAAGGCGACGUGGAAAUGCUGAUCAAGUUGAUGGAAGAUACUAGGAACGAUGGAACCACCGCCUUCGUUUUCAAUUGCCAAAUGGGGAAGCGACGUACAACUACAGCAAUGGUGAUCGCACGGCUGAUCUGCCAACGUAACUCUGUGGACAUGAAGACGUUGACGCCUGAAGUAGAAGAAAUGGCUGAAAACCGGAAUGGAUCAGGCAAUUUCGCAGUCAUCCGAGAGGUGCAGACACGUUUGAAGUAUGGGCCAGAAGCGAAGCGAUGGGUGGACACUGCCAUCGACGAGUGUGCCCUCAUCUGCAACAUUCGUUCGGUUAUCCACGAGUAUCGGGACUUGUCUAACGCGGAAGCGAAGCCUGCUAAGCGCUCGUACUAUCUGCACCACGCUAUGAGUUUCCUGGAGAGAUACUUCUACCUCAUCGUGUUCGGAGCGUACAUGCUCGAAACCCACCAGACAGAGAGCGCAGAAGAGCCUGCUCCAGACUCGGAGACUGAAGACACACACCCGUCGUUCUCCAAGUGGCUCCAGCAACACCCAAACCUCUUCCGCUUAUUGGAUGAUCUGGGUGGUGUACGCUACAAGUCCGACAAGGUGCUGGCUAACUGUGUACUGAAGAUGGACCAUUUCUUCGGUAUCGCGCGGAUUCCUUUCGAACUGACACCGAACGUCCCGAACUACCGACGGAUUGCGAACGAACCCAUCUUUGGUACGGCGCAGUGUCUGGAGCAAGGCAUCGUUGAUGUAGUGGACCACUUACGUGACGAAUUCGACCGUGCCAUCUGGAUUAACUUGCGCGAAGAAGCAGUCAUCUACGUCUCUGGACGACCGUUCUGUGUGCGUCACCAAGAUGAUCUCAUGGUGAAUGUGGAGUACCCGGGGAUCGAAGUGGACGAAAUCACCGCUAUCGAACAACAAGUGAAGCUGGAACUCCAAGCCAAAGUUUACAAUGACAACGGCUUGUUCAUGUAUUGGUACGAACCUCGAGAGAUGGUGAACGACGAGACGAUGGAGCACAUUAACCCGCAGACUGACGUCAAGACGUUGACUGAAGUCUACGAGCUCGCCACGCAACAAACCGAGUUCGACUUACGGUACGCGCGUAUCCCCGUGUCGGACGAGACGGCACCGGAGGAAAAAGACUUGGACGACAUGGUGCGUCUCUUGCUGCCUGCAUUUAUGAACGAACUGGGUCUCCAACUGCCGUCAGAAGAGAACAAUUCGCCUCAAAAGAAGAAGAAGACAGCCGUCAUUUGCAACUGUCAGAUGGGUCGAGGUCGCACGACCACAGCUCUCGUCUGUGUGUACAUGCUACGGGUGGUGCUUGAGGACAGCGCGUCGAGUCAGCCGAGUCUACUGAAGGAGAUCCUGAGCGCUAGAAGCGCAGGUCAUCGUCGCCAAUCUGCUGCGGUUAUUGGCGACUUCGUCGUGAUCCGUAAACUGCUCAAGACGUUGGACAACGGAUCGGACUGCAAGCUUCUGGUCGACUACGCUAUCGACCAGUGCGAACACAUGCAGAACCUACGCGACUGCAUCAGUCAAUGUCGCGACCUGGCGGUGGAUCGCGAUCUUCCCAGCUCAAAGCGCGACUUCUUUAUGCUGCGCGCUGUGAACUACCUGGAACGCUACUUCUACCUCGUGUGCUUUGCCUCGUACCUGCUGGAAGAGCGCGAACACUUUUUCCGACGCAGUUUGUUCGUCACGUGGAUGAACGAGCGAUACGGCAGCGCGUUGUAUGAGCUGCUGGACAACUUGUGCUUCGAGGAGGAGAUUGGCGCAGAGACGCACGUGUCGUCCAUGCGCUGGCGAUGGAGACGUAAGCGUAAACUCGUCUCUAGACUGGAGUAG